AUGAGCUAUCAGUCAUAUCUCAAGUCCACCGCAGCCUAUGCCAACAGCAAAACUCCUUCUCCAGGUUCUACCCAUCGAAAACCUCCUCCGACCUCAGCGCCGUCCAACACACCUUCUUUCUCAUCAAUUCAUAGCACCCUGACAAAAAAUGCCACUACAACAUCUACCAAUGCUCCUUUCACGCCGGCAUCAUCAACGAACUCACCAGCAAACCUCUCCGCCCCCAAAAUUCUGCCUGUCUCCGGCUCAAGCAUUCCUACUCGUGAACCGACUCGCACACCCUUGACCAAAGAACAAAUUGACGCUGCGUUGAAAGCAUGCUUGGAUUUACAAAUUACUGCUGCGACUUUGCACGAGAAGCGGCCUUUUGCAGCCUUGCUCCUCGGACCUGACAACACCACUUCCCUGCUUACGCACUUCUCCAUUUCUCAUGUCCAACAUGCGGAGACCGAGCUUGCCCGGCUAGCUACCCUGCACUUCACACAGGAAUACCUCGCUGCAUGCACGCUGGUGUCAACUUGGGAACCGUGCGCUAUGUGUGCGGGGACAUUGUACUGGAGCAAUAUUGGACGCCUGCUCUAUGCUGCCAGUGAAGAGAAGUUGAAAGAUUUAACAGGUGGUAACAACAAGGAGAACAUGACAAUGUCACUUCCAUGUCGGGAUGUGCUUAAGGCUGGUCAGAAGGACACCGAGGUCAUCGGACCUGUCAAGGGUUGGGAAGAGAAGGUCGUUGAAGAGAGUGCAAAAUGGUGGAAAGAACAUCAGUCCAACGAAUCUGUGAGGAGACUGAGAGAGGGCAGUGUGAAUGGAAGCGAGAGGGCGGGAAGCCUGUCAAGUAUGCGUCACGGCACGCCGACGACCUGGACAGGAGAAGAGACUGUUCUCAGCAGCAUCGAUGACGAGGGUGAAUACAAAGCGGAGCUUGAUAUUGACUGGAUGAGGUAG